AUGUCCCUGUUUUUCACCGGAGGCAUGUUUUCAUUCAUUGGACCAACCACAUUCCAGGUGAUGACUUUUCUGAUCAACCUGAUCAACUCCCUUUUCCUUCUCCCUCGUCCACUGCGGCAUACAUUCGACCAUGUGAUGAACAAAGAACUCGGACUGGGUUAUAACCAUUUGUAUCGCGGGAUGUUGAAUAAUCAAAUCAACGGAUACGGCGGCGAAACUCUAUUGGGCAGAUGCUACAGAAACUGUAAACGGGCGUUGGGCCCUGAACGGUUUCUUGUUAGACAGUUGUGCUACCUAUUUUUAAGUGCCAUCCCAAUUAUCGGCCCCAUCAUUGUUAUUUUCCUAAAAGCAGCAAGAGCAGGCUUUACACGUCACUCCAGGUACUUCCAACUCAAGGGGUACUCAAGAGCGCAAACGAAUUACCUCUGGCACAAAAAUAGGCACCUCUACUUCACGUUCGGUCUGGUUGCACUGUGUCUGGAACAGAUCCCUGUAUUGAAUAUCUAUUUGGCUUUCACAAACUACACAGGCGCAGCACUAUGGGCUGUUGAUGUCGAACGACAGCUAGCCAGUCUCGAGUUUGAGGCUUCUAUGGAAGAGUCUUUCUCACGAAAGCUAUGA